AUGCCGCACAGCGACGAUGACGAUUACGAUUACGGGAUAGACGAUGAUGAUACCGCUUUCCUGCGUGCCGCCACCCAACUCGAGGCCACCCAGCAUGCUGCCGCCUUCGACCCUUCUCCUCGCCCGAGCAAGAAGAGGCGUGUGAGGCGUCGAGGACGAGCCCAGGUAGAUGCAGCCUGUCCGGGCGAGUUGGAGUGGUCUGAGACCGAUGAGGAGAAUCACAGUCCUCCCGCGUCUUCCCUAUCCGGUCCUCCAGGGAAUGGUCCAGCACCGGCAGCGACUACCGACACCCAGCAUGACCUUGAUCCCGCCGAUAAUGAUGACCCCAAUUACUACUUCCCCGGCGAGCUCGCGGAAGACAAUCAUGCAAAGACUUCCAAGUAUCGCAUCCAUGUCCCUGAGAAUGGAGGCAAGUUCCCGGAUAUGAUAUUCAGCCAAACGCAGCAUGGGCUAGACGAUGACCUCGCCAAAUUCCGUGGUGCCGUCUGGAAGAGACCUCCACGGCAAGCACCACUGCCCAAUCUUGGAGGAAUCGCCAAUGCAAACGGAUUGGCGAAAGGCGCUGCUCCUCCCAUCGCAAAUGGCAUUGGCAGCUACUUCCGAGCGGUCGGCCGACCCGUACCAGUGGAAGACGAUGCUGCAUUCGCCGCGAGGUUGCAAGAAGAGGAAGACGCCCUUGAUCGAGGAAGACAACCCGUGCGGCCAGUGAGACCUCGCGUCGAAGAUCGUCCCACUUUGGGUGUAUCUCAGCAAGAACUCGCUACCCAACUCGACGACCUACCCUCCGACGCUUUCUCUUCGUCGUCGCCAGAGAAAUCGCCAACCAAGGCAGUGAUCGAGCUGUCGUCUCAAGUCGACGAUAAUGUACCGCGGCGUCACCAGUCGGCAAGACCGCGUGCUCCCAAGACUGGGCUAAAACAAAUGACCAUCUUCGGACAACCUGCCACUCAAGACCUGACAGCCUCACAAGCUGCUGCCAAAAGACACGCUUGGCCCUUAUCAGCGCGCGACGAGCCACCGACUCAUCACAAGCUGGACGAAGAAGCCAUGAAGACGUGGGUAUAUCCCACAAAUCUGGGCACUAUACGCGAUUAUCAGUACAAUAUCGUCUCACGCAGCUUGUUCCACAAUACACUUGUUGCGCUACCAACGGGUCUUGGAAAGACCUUUAUUGCUGCCACAGUCAUGUUGAACUACUACCGCUGGACAACGAAGGCUCAGCUAGUUUUCAUGGCCCCAACAAAGCCGCUCAUUGCACAGCAACUGGAGGCUUGCUAUGGCAUCGUUGGAAUUCCUAGCCGAGACACCGUGCUUAUGACCGGAGAGACGACCCCAGCCGCUCGGGCAGAUGAAUGGCAGGAGAAGCGAGUCUUCUUCAUGACACCGCAAACAGUCAUCAACGACCUGAAGACCGGCAUAUGCGACCCCAAGAGAAUCGUCUUGCUUGUUGUGGAUGAAGCACACAAAGCUACGGGCGGCUAUGCUUACACAGAAGUCGUUUCGUUUAUGCGCCGGUUCAAUAGCAGCUUCCGGGUGCUGGCACUGACAGCAACACCUGGCUCGAGCACAGAAGCAGUGCAGGCCGUCAUUGACAACCUAGGUAUCGCGCGUGUCGAGUUGCGCACGGAACAGUCUCUUGACAUCCGCGAGUAUACCCACGAGAAGCAAAGCGAGACCGAAGUGUUCGAUUUCAGCGACGAGCAAGAGCGCAUUAUGGACCUGUGUUCCCGCGCACUUCGCCCUUCUCUGGACAAGCUGAACAGCCAAAAUGCAUACUGGUCGAGAGACCCGAUGAUGCUUACUGCUUACGGUCUCACUCAAGCCAGACAGAAGUGGAUGAGUUCUGACGCCGGCCGUAAGGCGCCCAUGCCAGUCAAGGGCAUGAUCAACUCCAUCUUCACGGUGCUCUCCAGCAUCGCGCAUAGUAUCAGCCUGCUCAAAUUCCAUGGCAUUGGGCCAUUCUACUCGGGCAUCCUCAGCUUCCAGUCGAGUGUGAAUAGCGGUGAGCAGAAAGGCAAGACUGCAGCCGCGAUCGCGUCCUCGGACGACUUCAACAAGAUGCUGUCCACCGUCAGAACGUGGACCAACAACCCCGAGUUCAUUGGCCAUCCGAAGCUGGAAUACCUACGCGAGGUCGUGCUGAACCACUUUCUCGAUGCGGGAGAAGGUAGACAAGGCAGCGAUGUUCCUCCAAGCGCCACGCGAGUGAUGGUCUUUGCGAGCUUCCGGGACAGCACCGAGGAGAUCUGUAGGGUGCUGAAACGCAAUGAACCUAUGAUCAGACCACACGUGUUUGUUGGUCAAGCUGCAUCCAAAGGUCAAGAGGGCAUGGAUCAGAAGAGGCAGAAUGCCGUCAUUCAAGACUUCAAGAGCGGCAAAUACAACACUCUGAUCGCCACUUCCAUUGGUGAGGAAGGUCUCGAUAUCGGCACCGUCGAUUUGAUUGUAUGCUACGACGCCUCAUCAUCGCCGAUCCGAAUGUUGCAGCGAAUUGGCCGUACUGGUCGUAAACGACUUGGCAGGGUUGUCUUGUUGCUCAUGAAGGGCAAGGAAGAGAAUGACUAUGCCAAGGCGCAGGACAACUACGCCUACAUCCAAAAGACAAUUGCAGAUGCGUCCAAAUAUGCGUACAGGGACGAUCAGAGCCCACGGAUUCUUCCCAAAGAAGUGAAACCGGUCGCGGACAAGCGUCCUGUCGACAUUCCCGUCGAGAACAGCCAGCCUGUGGACCUGAACGAGAAGAAGCGGAAAGGAAGGGGCAAGGGCAGGACGAAGCGGCCGCCGAAGAAAUUUCAUAUGCCUGACAAUGUGCGUACGGGUUUCACGACGGCUGCCAACUUCGGCUUUCACGGCGAUGAUCCAAGUGAGGACGAGAGGCCGAAGAAGAAGUCGACUAAAAGGCAGCAAAAGUUCAUACCGCCACCUACGCUGUCAACACCUGAGCCUGAAGCUGCACCUCUACCUUACCUUGCAAAUGUGUUCUUGAACGACGAAAAGCUUGACGAGCUGGCGGAGAAGUAUGCGCGCUCUGCUGAUGUGGAGGGAGAUGCACUCAUUCGUGAGCCAGACCUCUCGCGUUUCCCGGAAAAGCUUAGAAGCCUUGGACCUACCAAGUAUGUAGCACACGGACAAGCUACGCGGCUAGUUGAGAAGACCAUGCAAGUAUGUACAGUACGCGCGAUUGUUCAGAGAAAGUGACACUAACGAUGCUCGCCAGGUCAUGCGCCACGUUGACAAUGAAAAGCUGCACCGUCUGGACGAAUGCCUUCACCUCAGCGAUCUCGAGGAUGCUGGGACGGCUGGGAGACGCUUAGUGAGCCCAGAGGCUAAUGACCCAGACAAUAGACCUCUUCCGGUCGUGAGCAAAUCGCCGAUUGCGACUGGAACAGCAGCAGUGAAGAAGCGGCGCGGUCGUCCCAAGAAAGCAGCAAGCCCUCCGCCGCAGCCCGACGAUUCAGAGGCAGAACCAGACCUUCCGCCGGGACAAAUGCCACCUCCUCCAUCCCCUGGACCUGCGAAGAGACCGCGCGGGCGUCCUCGCAAAGAGCAGACAUUACAGCGUACUGCUUCAUACGGCUCUGCUGCUGGAGAAGGUGCUAGUUCGAGCCCUGCAGCGACGCCUGCCGAUAUGCGCCUUGCGACGCAAAUCAUGCGAGGUGAAGAACUUGGCGAAGAAGACACGAGCGGGGAAGAACAGGAAGAAGAGGCAGACAGUGAGGAUCUGGCGUUUAUUGCAAAGUCCAGUGACCCGUUGGAGAUGGCAAGCUCAUUCCAACACUUCCCCGAUGACGAUGAUGAUGAUGAUGAGAAGGACUCAUCGGGCCGCGACGAGUGUGAUGUGAGUGAGAAGACCAGCAAGGUGGUGAGGAAGAGACGCGUGGUGGAAGAUAGCGAGGAUGAAGAGUGA